AUGAUAGAGAACUUGGAGGUUAGGAGGGAAAAAGCGAGCAGUGUACCUAACAGCCUCACGCUGGUCGACACAAAUGCUCCGGAGACUAACUCAUUCUCUUUGGUGCGGUCAAACAUGGCGUUGUACACCCGACCGAAGAUUUGUUUUCAUCGUCUCCAAAAUUGACAAUCCAGCACGACUUUUUGUAGUCCAUUAUGAUUUAUAGUACCAAAAACCUCUGUCAGAUGGAGAAGGGUUUUGCAGAGGCUGAUCCUCAGAUCUUGACGCCAUUCUUGUUGCUGAAGAGCAGCGAAUAUUCUAGAAGUGGAUCGACGGUGGUUCCAGAGUCCGAAAUGCAUUGCUGAAAUUGGUGUGCCAGUUUCCUGGUGGGCGUGUCGGCGAUUGCGGGUCCGCAAGGCAGAUCCAGCGAAAUGUGUUUCGGUCCUACUGGUUUUCUUUGAGCAGGUACGGGUGAGGAGAGACUGCGUCCUUAAAACCUAACGGAAUUGGUUUGUGUGACAAGAUCCCCGGAAAUCGUUAGCCAUGUAUGCCCAGCAGUUUAAGACUCAGAGAGUUGAGAAAAAGACGCUUUCACUAGAGCCUUAUAUGGAGCCGUCUCUGAUGAGUCGUAUGCGUGUUCAUCCGGCAUGUCAGGAGACUAAAAGUCCCCUUUGGCGAUCGCCCGUCUUUCUUCUCGAUUGCUUCAUGAAACUUGGAUUUUUGACUUGCAUCAACCACUCUGUUGGUAGACUUUUAGUGAAUUUCGUUCGCCGUCCAGCUCUUUUCCACCAAAUAUCUCUCGCACUGCCCUCCUUCAGGAUGAGCGGGAGAUCUAAGUCCGAAUUCGCCUCCUCCUGGAGAAGUACGUUGACGGUUACAGCGCCAGUCGCAGCUGGGUGUCUCAGAAUGCAUUUGAACUGCACGAUCCCCGACAGUAUGGCUGCCGCAUUUCGGUUGAUCCCAAACCCAUCUCCCGUGGACUGAAAAGUACUACAUUACUUUAAUGAUCGAGAAAAUUUCCUCCACCUAACUUCAGUCCGCAAAUCUCCAUACUUCCUCUGUCUUACCAGUCAGCCGGUCAAUUUUCCUUCCUCCACCAUUUGCGGCAGUAUGAUUUGACGUCAUGGCUAUACGCUUUAUUGAUGUCGGCGCUGUUGCUGGCAGAGAGCAUUCACAAUGUGCUUUUUUCGAAGUUGAUACAUCGAUUUUCUUAAUUGUUGACGUUAAAGAAGUCUUUGUGCUGGGAACGUGAUUAUCCACAGACUUACAAAACACCAGCGUGUUUAGCGUCCAGCAAGUUACUUUCAUUUUUUCCCAACCUCGUGACUGUCGUCUUCGCUGUCGUCUCAGUCCUCCUCCUCCUCCUCCUCCUCCUCCUCCUCCUCCUCUUCCUCCUCCUCCGCCUCCUCCACGUCCUCGUCCUCGUCCUCCUCGUCAUCCUCCUCCUCGUCCUCGUCCUCCUCCUACUCGUCCUCCUUCAUCUCUUCCGCCUCCCCCUCCUCCUGCUCCUCUUCCUCCUCUUCUUCCUCCAUCUCCAUCUUCUAUCUCCUCCCCUGUUCUCAAUGA